GUGAUGUGCCAUUUAUUGUUACAGCAGUUCUGCUUUACGGCAGUGAGGUCUCGUAAAGCUGUGCGGAGGUAUCAGCUGACUGAAGAUAACCUGCAGAGGGAAUAAGCACAGUAAAUACAUUAUAAGACUUAAAAUUAUAGGUAUUGCCCGCCGUCAGAAAUAUAUAAAAAGGAUAUGUUCCACUAGAAUAUCGACCAGUGACAGGCCAGAAACAAACAUGGCAGCAAACAGCCUGGUGCUCCCCAUUGUUUUGUGGGGCCGCAAAGCUCCCACCCACUGCAUUUCAACAUUGCUGGUUAUGGAUGACCUGGCGACCAUUGUCACAGGUUGCCAUGAUGGACAGAUCUGCCUCUGGGACCUGACUUUGGAUCUGGAGAUCAGUCCUAGAGCUCUUCUCUUUGGCCACACUGCUUCGAUCACCUGUCUGUCGAAGGCGAGCUCUGGAAGGGAUAAACAGUAUAUUGUUAGUGCCUCAGAGAGUGGUGAGAUGUGCCUGUGGGAUGUCAGUGAUGGCCGAUGCAUAGAAUUUACUAAGCUAGCCUGCGCCCAUACUGGAAUACAGUUUUAUCAGUUUACCAUUGGUACCCAGCGAGAAGGAAGGCUCCUGUGUCAUGGACAUUACCCAGAAAUCUUUGUGGUGGAUGCCACCAGCCUGGAGGUCCUUUACUCUCUGGUGUCCAAAAUAUCUCCUGACUGGAUCAGCUCCAUGAGUAUUAUUCGGUCUCACAGGACACAAGAGGAUACAGUUGUUGCUGUGUCUGUGACCGGGAUAUUAAAAGUGUGGAUCAUUACUGCAGAUGUCAGUCGAAUGAAGGACACAGACCCCAUCUUUGAAGAAGAGUCCAAGCCGAUUUAUUGCCAGAGCUGCCAGAGCAUUUCAUUCUGUGCUUUUACCCAAAGGUCCUUGUUGGUUGUCAGCUCAAAAUACUGGAGGGUAUUUGAUGCUGGGGACUAUUCUCUUUUAUGCUCAGUGCCCUGUGAAAAUGGACAGGCAUGGACAGGCGGUGACUUUAUUGCAGCUGAUAAGGUUAUUAUAUGGACAGAAGAUGGAUGCAGCUAUAUUUACAAACUCCCUGCCAGCUGUCUCCCAGCCAGCGAGUCUUUCCGCAGUGAUGUCGGAAAGGCUGCUGAGGGCACCGUCCCACCCUUACUGUACAAUGUGCUGGACAGAAAGGACAAGCAGGUAGAGCAAGGGUUUGUGGGGGAAGCCAUUAUCCAGGUGUCACAUGAGCAUUUCCCUGACGCUGGGAAAGCCUGGGAGCUCUACACUCCUACUCUGCUGUUCUGCAUCCGGCCUCUAGAGGCACCAUUGCUAAUCUGCCCUCCUGUUACCCGCUUUUUCUAUGGCCGCCGGGAGCCGUUCCAUAAACUUCUGCUGCAGGGUGAUUCUGCUGGAAGACUCUCCAUUUGGAGCAUACCUGAUACCCCACAGCAGCAGCAGCAGAUCAGGUCAAGCAUCGAAGAGCUCCCAGUUACAACAUCAACUAGCCUUCAAGAAGCCUUUGAUACCCUGACCCAUCGACCAGCUGGCAUCAUCGACCAGCUGAGUGUGCUUCCUGGUGCAGAGGAGCCCCUGAAGGUGACGGCCAGUGUUUAUAUCCCAUCUCAUGGUAGCCUGGUUUGUGGUCGAGAAGAUGGCAGCAUAGUGAUUGUCCCAGCCACUCAGACUGCUAUAGUCCAGCUGCUACAGGGAGAACACAUGCUCAGGAGAGGUUGGCCCCCUCACCGGAUCCUGCGAGGUCACCGAAACAAGGUGACGUGCCUGCUGUACCCCCACCAGGUCUCUGCACGCUACGAUCAGCGCUGCCUGCUCUCUGGUGGGGUGGACUUUUCUGUCAUUGUCUGGGACAUUUUCUCAGGGGAGAUGAAGCAUGUAUUCUGUGUCCACGGAGGGGAGAUCACUCAGCUGCUCGUCCCACCUGAGAACUGCAGUACACGAGUUCAGCACUGUGUCUGUUCUGUGGCCAGUGAUCACUCGGUGGGACUCCUGAGUCUGCGUGAGAGGAAGUGCAUCAUGCUCGCGUCUCGCCAUCUUUUCCCAAUUCAAGUGAUAAAGUGGAGGCCCUCGGAUGACUACCUGGUGGUGGGCUGUUCAGAUGGAUCAGUUUAUGUCUGGCAGAUGGAUACUGGUGCGCUGGAUCGCUGUGUAGUGGGGAUCACUGCGGUGGAGAUCCUUAAUGCCUGUGAUGAGGCUGUUCCAGCAGCGGUAGAUUCGCUCAGCCACCCCGCUGUCAACCUUAAACAGGCCAUGACCCGCCGCAGCCUGGCUGCCUUGAAGAACGUGGCUCAUCACAAACUCCAGACCUUUGCUACCAACCUGCUGGCCUCCGAGGCUUCGGAUAAAGGUAAUUUGCCUAAAUACUCACACAACUCCCUGAUGGUGCAGGCUAUGAAGACAAAUCUGAUGGACCCUGACAUGCACGUCCUCUUCUUUGAUGUGGAGGCCGUUAUCAUCCAGCUGCUGACCGAGGAAGCCUCCAGGCCCUGCCCCACUCUGAUCUCUCCCGAGAGCCUGCAGAAGGCCCCAGGCGGUGCUGACAAGGGGGGCUCCUUCCUAGCGGGGAAGCGGGCGGCCGUGCUGCUCAAGCAGGUGAAGGAGACCAUCAAAGAGAAUAUCAAAGAGCACCUGCUGGACGACGACGAGGAUGAGGAUGACGAGCUGAGGAGGCAAAGGAAGGAAGACGCAAAGUCCAAGUCCCUGACGCAGCUGGAAUACAACCUCACAAUGGACACCGCCAAGCUCUUCAUGUCCUGCCUCCACGCCUGGGGGCUCAACAGCAUGCUUGACAAAGUCUGUCUCAACCUCCUAGGCAUGCUCAAGCCCCACUGCCCAGUCUCCUUCGGUCUGCUCUCCCGAGGAGGCCACAUGUCUCUCAUGCUGCCCACUUUCAAGGACUCUGUGGCCAGGAUGGCACUGGGGGCCGCUGAUGCAAUGGGCAGGAAGAUGUCUGUGUCUGAGAUGCUGGGAAAAGGCACAUACGGUGUGUCUCGAGCUGUUACCACACAGCACCUCCUGUCUGUAAUCUCCUUAGCCAACACUUUGAUGAGUAUGACCAAUGCAACGUUUGUUGGAGAACAUAUGAAGAAGCCUCCAAUCAGGCCCCCAAAGCCAGGCACCCCAGAGGCAGCUAAAAAGAUGUCCCCACAGGUUUCCAGUACGGCCGUACAAGGACAGAUCAAACAAGCUGCUGCUGCUGUUGCUACUACUGGCCCUGAGGCUGUUCACUCUGGCUCUGCUUUACAUACUUGUCCCUCAGUCAAUGAAGGAUGGAGUCAGCUAGCUGCCAUGCAUUGUGUCAUGCUCCCAGAUUUGCUGGGGUUAGACAAAUUCCAACCUCCGCUACUGGAAAUGUUAGCCCGCAGGUGGCAAGAUCGAUGCUUGGAGGUGAGAGAGGCUGCCCAGGCCUUGCUGCUGGCAGAGUUGCGAAGAAUUGAGCAGACAGGACGAAAAGAAACCAUAGACCUUUGGGCACCGUAUCUGCCACAAUACGUUGACAGCGCCAUUUCACCUGGAGCGGCUGCAGAGUCUGUUCAGACGCCCCCUGUAAUUCCUGAACCUCAGGGGACCGAAAUCAAAGUCCAGGAGGAAGAGGCUGACCUCACAGAUGAUGACAUUGCAGCAGGGUGUCUGUCUGGUCUCCUGCCACACAUGAAGAAAAUUUCAUCCUAUGAGGAAAGACGCAAACAAGCAACAGCUAUUGUCCUCCUGGGGGUGAUCGGAGCAGAGUUUGGGGCUGAGAUUGAACCUCCAAAACUUCCAUUCAGGCCCCGCACUGCAUCCCAGGCUCCAGAUGGAUUUGGACUUACCACGGGAGGGUCUAAUUACUCCCUUGCCAGGCAUACAUGCAAGGCGCUCACAUUCCUCCUGCUGCAGCCGCCCAGCCCCAAACUUCCUUCCCAUAGCACCAUUCGCCGGACUGCCAUUGAUCUCAUUGGUCGGGGCUUCACAGUCUGGGAGCCCUACAUGGACGUCUCAGCCGUGCUGAUGGGGCUGCUGGAGCUUUGUGCCGACUCCGAAAAGCAACUCUCUAACAUCACAAUGGGCCUGCCUCUCAACCCAGCGGCAGACUCGGCCCGCUCUGCUCGACACGCUCUCUCGCUCAUUGCCACGGCCAGACCACCAGCCUUCAUAACAACCAUCGCCAGGGAGGUUCACAGACACACUGCCCUGGCAGCUAAUACCCAGUCUCAGCAGAAUGUGCACACCACCACGCUGGCACGGGCCAAGGCAGAGAUUCUGCGAGUGAUUGAAAUCCUGAUUGAGAAGAUGCCCACUGAUGUUGUGGAUUUACUCGUAGAGGUAAUGGACAUCAUAAUGUACUGCCUUGAAGGAUCCUUAGUCAAGAAGAAAGGCCUUCAGGAAUGUUUCCCUGCUAUUUGUAGGUUCUACAUGGUUGGUUAUUGUGAGCGUAGUCACCGGAUAGCAGUCGGGGCUCGUGUUGGCUCUGUGGCACUCUACGAUGUCCGCACUGGAAAAUGUCAGACGAUCCAUGGUCAUAAGGGACCCAUAACGGCAGUGUCAUUUGCUACAGAUGGGCGCUACCUAGCUACAUAUUCAAAUGCAGACAGUCAUAUUUCCUUCUGGCAGAUGAACACAUCAUUACUGGGGAGCAUUGGCAUGCUGAACUCUGCCCCUCAGCUGCGCUGUAUUAAAACAUACCAGGUUCCUCCAGUCCAGCCCGUCUCCCCCGGCUCCCAGAAUGCACUAAAGCUGGCACGACUGAUCUGGACCUCCAACCGCAAUGUCAUCCUGAUGGUCCACGAUGGCAAGGAGCACCGUUUCAUGGUCUGAGGACCGGGCAAGACCACUAAAUCAUCACAGGAACCGCAGGCUGUGGUCCUCGCCGACCAUGUAGUCUAGAAAAUAGUGUUUGCACUUUUUGGUUGUUUACAUCAAGGUUAUAAUUUUUUUAAGGUUAAAUAUACUUUCAAACCUGUUUCAGAGACUAAAAGUUGUCGUUUAUAGACAGUCUUAUACAAAUGGUCUUUCGUUCAGGUUUUACUGUAAAUUGGUUUAAAAAAAAAUUUCAUUCGAAAAAAGAAAAAGAAAGGGGCAAUGAUAAUUGUAGAGAAUAAGAAAAAUGCAAAAGAAAGUGGUCAUCAAUAAAGGUACAUGUAAAAAAAAAAAGCAUAUCAAAUUAUAUAAAAUAUUAUCAAGACUGCACAAGUUACUUGUGAUCUAGACUCAUCUGUGCUAUGUAAUCUUAAGUUAUGAUUUGUUUUUAUUGUUAAUAGAUGAAAUCCCAUCAAUGGCACCAUGUGAAACAAUACAUAUAUUUAGUUCUCGGUUGUCCAUCUAUUGCUGAGGCAGUUGAGCAUUAAUGCAAAAUGUGUAUUUCAAAAGUAAUAUAUAGCCACCCUGUGACGGAUCAGAUAUGAUUAAUCUGCUUUCUUCCAUGUCAUGCAAUACCUUGAGCUGCUUUCUUCUGCAGCUUCUCGCACUUCAUGUUAGCAAAGGUAGGAAUUAUUUCAUUCUUGGGACACUGAUCGAAUGCAGAAAGCUGCUGCUUUUUUCCUUUCUAGGUGUAUAGUAACAAUCAAGCAAGGUUCUGUAAGAAUGUGUUUGCUGUGAAUGCCCUUGUUUUGAGCAAAGCUUCAAGUUUAACAAAAGUUCAGAAAGGCUUAUAACUCCUGAAAGCAAAGCAAACAAUAUUUUUUACAUCAUUAUGCCAUUGUUUUAAUUAGCAGAUAAUUCACUACUUAAAAAUAGGGCUACAUUAAAGGUAAUAACUAAGGCUACAUUUACAUCUCAUGAGCAUAACCAUUUUCUUACAAGUCUUGUAUCACUCCUCUGAUGUUUUCUUUAGUUUUCUCUGAGUUUAGUUUUCCUGACUAUUUUCAGGUUGUCUAUCUAAUCCUUUCGAGAUUGUAUCCCUGUUCAACAAGAAUCUGCAGAAAAAAAAAUGAUGAUGCAAUUGUUUAAUAUUUUUUCUAAAAGUUUACCACUUGUUUUUUCACUGCUGUUCUGAGAAACAGUCCAGUUCGGCUAUCACUGCUGAUGUCAGUUGAUUGGAAGGAUUAAGAAUGGUUUGAUAUAUUCAAAACCAAAUUGUUCACCAUGAAGUGGGUUAGCAAUCAUCGAGCAUAAAGAAAAUAUUCUGGAAGAAACCAGGCUCUGCAAUUAAGAUGUCUGGAGCUUGACUUGUUAUCUUUUGUUCUAUAUAAUUGUUGAAUACUAAUUGAGAAUUUAAGAUAUAAUAUCACUUAAAAUAAGCCUAUUCUGUCACUGAAUGCAAUUCAAUAGUGAUGCUUAGCUGUGGUAUAAAUAUGCAUACUUUCCAUGUAAAGCUGAACUAUUGUAAGGCCGCUUUCUAAAUAAGGUUGAAUAAACUGCAGUUCAGCAAGUUUAUUGUAACUACAGAUGUGUUGUAUGUGUCUUAAACUCCCCUUUUUAAAUGGGUACUAUAUUCAUCACCACCCUUUCCAGAUUAGAAUGCCAGUGCUAAUAUUAUGAUCAUAUCACUUCAUGCUCUACACCUACAACCCAAUGCAAAUUCACCACGUUAACCAAAUGUCAGGUUGCACGGGAAGGCUGGAUAUGUUUUUCAAACCUUUCUGCACCGUCCAGGGGGUAGAACCACAUUGGUUUGUUUAUCCCGUUUUGCAGCUGUGUAUAAAUUAAGGAGGUGGGGAAUGUUGCAGAAGCAACUGAACUUGAGGUCAUAACCUAACAGAAGCAAAUAUUACUGUAGCCAUAUGUUUACAUCUUUAUUUCAUCACCAACUUUCCAUUUCCUUUGACUUUGUAACCCAACCAUCAUUGACAUCAACAACAGGCAGCACCAGGAAAGGUGGCAGACAUGCCAAACAGGCUGAGCUGCCUGAAUCCUAUGGCUACUUAUAGGACUGCAAAUUCCCUCUUAGCAAUCCUGUCAAGUUCCUCUCCCCUAGAGAUAAUACCAACAACAGGAAAGAAUACACCAUUUACACUUGCCACUCACAGAUGAAAUGUAGCUGAUAUCAACGGUAAAGUUCUCAAGGCACCUGUUUAUUGUAACAGCUUUCACUGCUGCAGUAAAUGAAAUCAGUUUUGCAAAGUGUGCUGCUGCCAUUUACCCAUUGAAAGUCAGUCCAUAUUGUAGUUGGACAAAUUUGGAAGUUUUAAUAUUAUGUACAGUAUCCUGAAAACUAGGCUUUAGCUAUACGCUGUCAGUGAAACUCCAAACCAAUUACAUUUCUGACCCGAACAGCAUAAAACUAAGUUAGAUAUCUUGCCAGAAUUUACAUUUCUUAAUUGAUUUUUCUCAGUAUUUUAUGAGGGCUGUUUCCUACCAUAUAGGCAUCCUUACCAUAGACUGCAUUUGUAAAUAGUGAUUUGGUACAGGAGCUGAACAAUAAAACUAUUUAAAUUAAAAUGGAUAUUCAUACAAACCAAUAUCAAUUUUAACAGCUCAAUGGCUGAAGAAAUUACCUGAUAAACCAGUAUUAAUCAUAGCAAAUGUUGUUUGGUCAGAAUGUACUGUAAGAUGGGCACAUUUAAUUGCAAAAUUAAUUUUCAACAAAUUAACCAAUAUGAAAAUCCCAAGUCCUGUACAUCAUCUCCACCUUCUUGCAACAUCUCUCAAAAUGCAGUUCUAUACAAAGUUAAUUACAAGCUCUCUGCAUUAUUCCAAACAGAUGCUGAAAGGAAAAUCCCCACAGUUGUACUCUCAGACCCUGCACCUUUGCAUUGUUAAUGCUCAGCUCUCAAAGUCAAAUUUGUAUUGUCACUCCUGUGUAAGCUUUUAGUGUGUUAUUGAUUUGUUAUUACUGUAUUUGGAACUGUCCUUGUAAAUGUAGAUAUAUAAGUGGCUUUAUUGUCAAUAUAUUUGUUUGAGAUGUGACAUUACAUGAUAAUACUCAUAUGAUAAUAUACAGUAGUAGCUAUGGAAGACACUUCACUGUGCAUGGCAAUAUUGUGUGUGUGUGUGUGUGUAUCUGGGCUAUCUAUGAUUUUACUGAAUAAGUACUGUAAAUGUUAUGUUACUUUAUGUUGUGUGUACACCCGUGUUCAAAUAAAAUAAAUAUAAACGAAACGUACAUAAUAUUUCACAAUAUUGUGCCCUUCAUGCAACCAGUCACACAUCUUAUUUCUAAGCAGUCAAUGUGCUUUGAAAUGUGCUUUUCUGGCCUGAGUAGCAACGAGAUACAUAUAGCUAGAAUUUACAGACUGAAAAAAACUCAAUAGUAAUGAAAAGUCACCCCACAAUCACACUGGGAAAGCAGGCAGCAAACAGUGAACCUACAUCCAAAAGUCAAUGUAGCUUAAAGUAAAUAUUAUUAGGUAUCAAAGUUUACUUUUGUUGUGCUUAUCUUUGUUUUGUACAUAUUUCACCUUUUCUUGGAUGUAAUGUUUCGUCUCUUACUUGCUGUUUGAACAUUAAAAUCAUGAUAUAUCU